AGUCGCCAUAGGUUUGGCCGUAGCGGCCAUGGUAUGGAAAUGCCGCCAUGGUUUUGCGGCAGCUACAGACGCCACAGAAUACUUAAAACUGCACUUGCUGCGGUUGGGGUUAGGCUACGUACAAUUUUUCAUUCGUAUUUAAUGGGGUUUUGUUUUGUGAUGUUUAUUCUCAUCUUGGAGUAGACCACCAGCAAAGUAGACUUCCCAUCAGUUAAUGCAGUAUAGUUACUGUACCGUGCUGUAUGGAUAUUAAUAUUUUCAUCUGAUUGGAGUGGCGAAUUUUAUGGCAAAGUCUCACAAGAAAAAGGGUAAAAAGAUCAGAGCAAAAACAACUCUUCCACCUGUGAAAGAAACUGAUAAACAACAUGGCGAUAAAGUUAAGAGAUCUGUCUCAAAUCCUCCUGCGAAUCAACAGAAGCAGCGUAGGAAACGAGUGUCAGUAAGUAAACAACUGCCCCCCAACAAACUUCCCAAUCAUACAUCAUUACGUGAAAGAAAUAAAAGUUCAUUGCAAAAUGCUGUCAAUAACUCUUCCCCACAGGGCACUGCACUUAUUGAUGCUUUUUCAAAUCUAUCAAUAACAAAGGAUGCAAAACCUUCAGAAAGUAGAGCAAGACAACCGAAACGUCACUUCUCUACGGAUAGCAAUGGAAAAAAGGGAUCUAAGAAUUCUGAUUCAAAUAAAUAUAAUUUGGAAAACAUCGCUAGACUUAUCACAUCAGGCAGAGCAAAAAAUAUUAUUGUAAUGGCAGGAGCUGGCAUAAGUACUGGGAGUGGAAUUCCCGAUUUCAGGACUCCAGGGACAGGUCUUUAUGACAACCUUCAGAAAUAUAGGAUUCCUUCACCGACUGCAAUAUUUGAUAUGGAAUAUUUUCAUUAUGAUCCAAAACCAUUUUUUACUCUUGCCAAAGAGCUUUAUCCAGAUGGAAAAUACAGACCAUGCACACCACAUCAUUUUGUUAAAUUUCUUCAUGAUAAAGGAUUAUUAUUGAGAAUGUAUACUCAAAAUAUUGAUGGAUUAGAAAGAAUUGCUGGCAUUCCUUCUGAAAAGUUAGUUGAAGCCCACGGAACAUUUUCUACAGCUUCUUGUACUAAAUGCGGGAAGAAACACAAUGGACAAGAUAUAAAGAUUAAAGUGAUGAAUGGUAUCAUACCACGUUGUCAGUCAUCAGGACUUUGUUGGGGAAUUGUAAAACCGGACAUUGUAUUUUUUGGAGAAGAUCUACCAAGACGUUUUUAUUAUUAUCUGAAAGAUUUUCCACAAUGUGAUCUUUUAAUCAUCAUGGGAACUUCACUUGAAGUUGAACCAUUUGCCAGUCUAACAACAUCAGUUAGAUUGAAUACUCCUCGGUUACUACUAAAUAAAACUCUAGUUGGUCCAUUCAAGAGCCGAAGUCAACGAAGAGCUUUUGAUGUUGGAGUUACCGGUGACUUCACUGAUACGUUUAAUAGAUUUUUAACAUUUUUGGGUUGGAAAGAUGAAUUCAACAACAUGGUGGAACUUGCAAAAUUAGAAGAGGUCUCUGAGAAAAAGAUGAAAAAUCUGAUUCUAGCUCUUACGACAGUGGAGUUUCAUUAUCCGAUGGAUCAAAUAACUCAGAUCGCAAGAAAGGAAAACCUCUUCCGCCACCUGAUACCAAUAUUAAGAGAUAUUUUCAUACGAUACGUUCUACUCCUCUAUCAAAACCUAACUCAGCACUUUUUUCUGCCUCUAGUGAUGUGUCAUAUUAUAGUUAUAUCAAAGACAAGUCUUCUGGUCUGACCACUCCAUCAACAAACUACAAUAUAGCGUCCCAAACAAAUAACUCUAUAGCAAUUCAAUAUGCGCAAACUGUCCCUAGCAGAAAAAACAGCACGCCUGCUCGAAACAGUGUCAAAAAAUUUGGCACGUGUGUGCGCACCAGGAAGAAGGACAUUUCAAGCUCUGAGUCAUCUAUUGACAAUGAUUCAACUUCUGAUUCUAAUUAUCCAACUUCUUCAGACGAUUCAUCUUCUUAGUAAUUCUCCCACUUAAAUAUUUUUAUGCAUGAUAAAUUAAUAAUUGUGCCAUGUACAACUACCGGUAAUAUGAAUUUAUCUAUCUACUGGUGUUUAUGAUAAUUCAUUGAAACAUAAUAUUUAUUUAUGCAAGAAUUGACUAUGUUGAACUUAUCUGAUUCGGAUAAACAAUUUAUUCAGUAGUCUUUUGUGUAAAAUAACUUAUUUUGUAUCAGUAUUAUUCAGGAUCAACUACGGUAGUUUAUAAACAACUUGGGGAAGCUACCUCUGGACAUAAAAAUAGGGCUUGGUAUUUUGUUACCUGUUUGAAACCUGAAUACAACCUUCUCAGAUGCUCAACAUCUCGUAUAAUCCAUAUAAUAUAUCUUGCCUAGAAGUAUCCAAAUGUCUUCACAGUUGAUUUUCCAUUUUUCACACAUAAUUUACCUAAGAAACUAUGACUUUGAAUUGUCAAUCUUUAGAUAUAUAUCAAUAGUUUAAUCUACCAAUCACUAACUUUUAAAGCAUUGUGCCAAAUUGAACCAUUAUCAUUGAUUUUAUGUGCAGAUAUAGAGAAUAAAUGGGGCUCCCGAAGUAUGCGAA